AUGCGUCUCACUGUCAAAUCUUUGUUUCUUUUCCUCGUCAGCUUCACUUUCAGGUUGGUUGAGGCGGGAUGGCAAGUUCGUGGCGUUGAAGCGCGAUAUCUAUACGCUGUUUACAGGAUGGAUGUCGAAAUCAGCGCCGCAAAAGCCAUCGCAGAUGGAACGUGGGAUCCAAAAGAUCCUGAUAGCGAGAAGCCCUGGAAGCUGGGCCGUGAUCUCAAGGACACUUCUGUGGACACAGACUAUCCCGACGGCCGCGAAGGCAAAUACGGCCUCAACUGGCAUUCGUUUAUUCGUGCCACCCAGAACGGAAACUCGAACUAUCCCAUGAAGGACCUCGCCAGCCGCAUCGGCGACUCAUGGAUGCCCAGUCUCAAGGACGUUGAGAAACUUGCCGUCUUCGAGCCUGAUGACGGUAGAAAGCUCAAGCCUGCUGACGACCCCAAGGCUCUCAGCACGGACAAGUUCACCUUCGCUGGCUUCAAUCUGGACAAGAUUCUCGGAGGUCUGAACAAAGGGAAGGGAAGACCGGCAAAUGACGACUACUUCAUGUUCGACAACUUGCUCAAGAUUGUUGGCCAGCGUGGCUACGAGCUACACAAGCAAGACUCAACCCGCGCUAAGCCUUUCUUCGAGAUCAUGGACGAAUCUCUCCGCGAAGCAUCAAUGGGACGAGCGUUGGAGGCCGAGAAGUUCAAAUUGGAAGGAGCACGUGACGACCUUCUGAAGUUUGACAAGGAGAAGAACAAGACACCCAUUCUAUCGAAGAAGUGGUUCAUCUCUGUGACAACCACAGUGGGAGACAAGGAGAAUGGCAUCAAAGGAGGAGAUAAAUCAGAGCUCUUCAAAGAUAAGGAGGUGACAAAACUCGACGUGAAAGCCACUGUCAAAGAACUCAAGAAUAAGGUGGGAAAGAAUGCAAAUUUCCCAACAUACAAGGAAAGGUUGAAGGCACUGGCCAAGCAAUGGGGUCAGAAAGGGACAUUUGGGGACAAGGACGUCACUUGGGGCGGCAAUGAGGCCAAAACCCACGAAGAUGUAAGAAAGCAGCAGACGGUUCUGAGGAAAGCAAUGGCCAAGCAAACCGGCGGCAGUGUUGAUUUUGGAGAAGGAGGAUGCGGGUACGAUGUUCCAGCGGAUCCUAAGCGGUUUCGGUUCUAG